UGUGAUGGCCAUUUUCCUGUGUAGGAAGUUGACUCGAUUACUACCAGGUCAAGGUCAACCGGUGGCGAAAGAGGAGUUUUUUCUACUAAAAAAGAACACUCUGCUCAGCUCUGCUUUUGCUCAAGUAGUUCGAGUUGCUGAGAGAGAGACGCCGAUGCGGACUCCGACGGCGGCGAUCACCGUGGUGCUUCCGGCUGUGGCGGUGGUGGUGAUGGCGAGCUUUUUGGCGGCCGCCGGCGAGGUGGAGCUGGCGCUGGAUCAGGCGGGUAGUCCGACUUGCGCGAACAAUCUGGCUUCGUGCGCGCGGUACAUGAAUGGGACAAGCAUGCCGCCUGACGGCUGCUGCGAGCCGUUCAGGCACUCGGUAGUGAAAGAACAGAGGUGCCUCUGCGACCUCCUCGCCUCGCCCGAGAUCUUUAAGGCCUUCGACAUCAAGGAAUCCAGCUUUCACGACCUAGCCAAUAGAUGUGGCCUCAAAGACCUCAACACCUUAUGUCCCGGUGAAAACAUCUCAGUGGCUGCGCCUAUAGCAUCUGUUGCACCGACAUCGCUUGUGCCUAUACCAUCUGUUGCACCGACAUCGCUUGUGGCCGACAAGAAUGUCACCCAUGGAGGUUCAAUGAAAAUUGGUACUAUUAUUGGGAUUGCAUUGCCAGCAACAGGUGCAGCAAUUGCAAUUGCUACUUUGUGUUCUUACAUCCGGAGGAAACGAUUGGCAAGGAAGACGUCAAUUCCAGAUUUGAGGAAAAUAUUUCCCGCAAAAGUCAGUUAAUUCUGUAGUUUUAUUUCAUAUGGAUCAAGCAACGACAUUAACUCCAGCCAUUGUUUUUUUUAAAGAAAGGCAAUCCCUAACCCCUAGUUUUUAAACAAGCUUGGGGAAGGUGGUUUUGGAGUAGUUUAUAAGGUACACAUAUCUAUCUAUCUAUCUAUCUAUCUAUCUAUCUAGCUAGCUAGCUAUUUCUAUGUAUGCUAAUUGGACACUCUGAGAAAGUUUCUACUUUAACUGUAAAAAUAGUGGAUAAAUCUAGCCAUCCCUAAUUAUAAUGGCUUAAAUUACAAGAAGAUCCCCAUAUAAUUUUAUCAAUCAAUAAUAUCAAUCAAUAUUGGAUUUAUUAAACCGAGAAAUGAAAAGUCAUAUAAAAGAGUAUUAGAGUGAAUCCUGCAUAUAAUUUAAUUUUAAGGACUAAAUUUAAAGUUUAAAAAAUGCUUAUCAAAUAAUUUUUUUUGAAGUACUUAAAAACAUUAAUUAUAUUUUCCCCUUAAUUAUUCAAUCAAGAAAGCUAAAAUUAAGAUUCUAUGGCAAGUAUGACUUUGUAUUUAUUUACUCUUAAUCUUUGGAGCUAUUAAAUUAAUAAAUGAAGAGUAGCAGAAAAUAGUGUUUUCAUGAAUCAUAUGUAUAAUUUUUAGUGCUAAAUCUAAAAUUUAAAAAUACUUAUAAUUUUUUUAUUUUGUUCUGAAGUACUUAAAACCAAUGUUUACACAUAUAUAUAGUACUAUGUACUACUAGCCUACACAAUGGAAGAUUUAUAUAAGCAAUACUUGUCAACUUUCUUUCGAAAAGGACAUUAUAUUUUAAGAACAAUUUAACUAACCAAGUGUACACUUUGUGUCAAGUUCUUCACCCUGCAAGUAUUAUUCACAUCUAUGAGCAUAUUCCCUUCUGUAAGCGUAGGGAGCUCUUCCAAAUGGGCAAACCAUAGCAGUCAAGAGGCUGUCGCGUUGCUCACAGCAGGGGAUAGGAGAGUUGAAAAAUGAGCUAGUUUUGGUUGGGAAGCUUCAACACAAAAACCUUGUGAGACUAGUGGGUGUUUGCCU